AUGGCCAUGGCAAGCGCUGAGCUUCUGCAAGCCGAGGCCGAUCUCGUGCGCCACUCCCUAGGCUACCUCAAGUCCAUGGCAUUGCAUAGCGCGGUCAAGCUUGGAAUCGCCGAUGCUCUCCACCGUUGCGGUGGCAGCGCCUCCUUGUCUGACCUGCUUGCUACCCUCCCCCUCCCUCCAAGCAAGCAGCCCUACUUGGCACGCCUCAUGAACGUUUUGGCCACGGAGGGAAUCUUUGUGGCUAAGGAAGCCCCUGUGGCCGACGGCGACGGAGCGGCCUGCGUGUACCACCUGAACACAAUAUCUCGCCUCCUCGUCAGCGACACCGGCAUCAACGGCAGCGCGUGGCGGCUGUCGUCGUGCAUUCUCAUGACAACCACGCCGCAGAUUGUUGGAUCCGCCCUGCAGCUGGGGAAGUGGUUCCAGAGCGACGGCGAGGCCACGCCGUUCGUGAUGGCGAACGGCCGGAGCCCCUAUGUCGUUGCUGCACAAGACGCCGAGUUCAACUCCGUGUUCAACGAGGCCAUGGCUGCCGACAGCCGCUACCUGGCAGACCUUGUGGUCCGCGAAUGCAGUGACGUCUUCAAGGGGAUAACAUCCCUGGUCGACGUCGCUGGUGGGACCGGUACCAUGGCGAGGGCCAUCACCAAGGCCUUCCCACAUGUCAAGUGUUCAGUUCUUGACCUCCCACAUGUGAUUGAAGGCAGCUCGGCCCAGGACAACAUCGAGUUUAUUGCUGGAGAUAUGAUGAAGUUCAUCCCAUCUGCUGAUCGUAUUUUACUCAAGUAUGUGCUGCAUAAUUGGAGCGACGCGGAUUGUGUGAAGAUCCUGACACGAUGCAGAGAGGCCAUUGCCCAUGGAACAAAGGAAGGGAAGGUCAUCAUUAUCGAUGAAGUGGUUGGAUCUCCUUCACAAAACAUACUUGAAGCUCAACUCUUGAUGGAUAUGCAGAUGAUGUCGCUAUUUACGGCCAAAGAACGAUAUGAGCAAGACUGGAACAAGAUGUUCAAGGAAGCAGGAUUUAUCAAUUACAAAAUUUACCCUAUCCUAGGAGUGCGAUCGGUCAUUGAACUCUACAUAUAA